CAGUGGCGGCGGGGAGGCGAGCCGGAGCGCCAGCGGGGCCGGGGCCGGGGCCGGAGCCGGAGCCGCAGCCGAGCCGGGGUCGGGGCAGCAGCCGGGACCCUCAGAGGCGGGGCCAGUGGGACUGCGAUGGGCGUGGAGAUCGAGACCAUCUCCCCGGGAGACGGAAGGACAUUCCCCAAGAAGGGACAGACGUGUGUGGUGCACUACACAGGAAUGCUCCAAAAUGGGAAGAAAUUUGAUUCAUCCAGAGACAGAAACAAACCUUUCAAGUUCAGAAUUGGCAAACAGGAAGUCAUCAAGGGUUUUGAAGAGGGUGCAGCCCAGAUGAGCUUGGGGCAGAGGGCGAAGCUGACCUGCACCCCCGAUGUGGCGUAUGGAGCCACGGGCCACCCUGGUGUCAUCCCUCCCAAUGCCACCCUCAUCUUUGACGUGGAGCUGCUCAACCUAGAGUGAAGGCAGGAAAGAACGCAAGGUGGCUGGAGAUGGCUGCUACUCACCCUCCCAGCCUGCUCUGCCACUGGGACGGCUCCUCCUGCUUGGGGCUCUUGAUCAGUGCGCUAACGUCACUGCCCCACAGCAUCAUCCAUUCUCUGACCAAGUUGCUCUGUAUGUGUUCAUCGUUUACGCACAUCUUUGCUUGAGGAAACUUUGGUUGCAGAUCAAAACAUUUCAGGUUGUGCAUUUUGCGUGAUGCAUGUAGUAGCCAUUUCUGAUCACAGAAUACAGAUUUCUUGUUCGCACAAUCUACACUGCCUUACUUAAGCCAGACACACAAGGUGCUCAGACGUGAAAUGUACAUGGUAUACACAGAGGGACUUGAGCCAGUUACCUUUGCUGUCACUUUCUCUCUUACAAAUUCUGUUGGCUGCUGACUUACACAAUGUCCUCUUUGGAAAUGAUAUGUAAAAUAAAGGCUCUGUGCUUGACAAA